UCAACUACGAAAACACCAUGGACCCCUCAGAUCCGGAUUUCGUGUACCUCGGAGUGGAUCGCAAAGCCCUCCUGAAGGAGUUUGAGGCUGGAAGUUUCGAUUCAAAGAAGGUAGCCUGGGUGGAAGAUGAAAAGGAGGGUUUCGUGAUGGCGGAUGUUGAGGAAACAAGCGGUGACAACGUCACCGUUAGACUGAAGGAUGGAACUACCAAGACGAUAAAGAAGGAUGCCAUACAGCAGGUUAACCCACCCAAAUUCACCAUGAUUGAGGACAUGGCCGAUCUCACCUUCCUCAAUGAUGCCUCUGUCCUGGAGAAUCUUCGCGCACGUUACUACAAGAACCUCAUUUACACGUACUCGGGUUUGUUCUGUGUGACAAUCAACCCCUACAAACGCUUCCCAAUCUACACGUUUGAGGUCGCGCUCAAGUACAAGGGCAAGCGAAGGGCUGAAAUGCCACCGCACAUCUUCUCCAUUUCUGACAACGCCUACCAUAGCAUGUUGGCUGACCGCGAAAAUCAGUCAAUUUUGAUCACUGGUGAGAGUGGUGCUGGAAAGACUGAGAACACGAAAAAGGUCAUUUCGUACUUUGCCUACGUGACCGCUGGUGUUUCCAAAAGGGAGGAGGCUCAGGGCUCGCUGGAGGACCAGAUUAUUCAGGCCAACCCUCUGUUGGAAGCCUACGGCAAUGCCAAGACAACGCGAAACAACAACUCAUCGCGUUUCGGAAAGUUCAUCCGUAUUCACUUCGGAACCACGGGCAAGAUCGCCGGAGCUGAUAUCGAGUUCUAUCUGCUCGAGAAGUCGCGCGUCACUGCCCAAAUGAAGGGGGAACGUAACUUCCACAUCUUCUACCAAAUCCUGUCGGAGUAUGGCAAGAAGUACCUUGACAAGCUGUUGGUCUCUCCUGAUCCUGCCCUCUACUCAUUCAUCAACCAGGGUGAGCUGACCAUAGACGGCGUCGAUGAUGCUGAGGAAAUGAAGAUUACCGAUGAAGCUAUCGACAUCCUCGGCUUCACAAACGACGAACGCAUGUCCCUCUUCAAGUGCACAACUUCCAUCCUGAACAUGGGUGAGAUGAAGUUCAAACAACGACCUCGUGAGGAACAGGCCGAGGCCGACGGCACUGCUGAGGCCGAAAAGGUCGCCUUCUUGCUUGGUGUCAAUGCCAAGGACCUGCUGAACUCCUUCCUGAAGCCAAAGGUCAAGGUUGGAAACGAGUAUGUUACCAAGGGUCAGAACCUUGACCAAGUAAACUAU